AAAGAAGACCUGAAGAUGUGUAAGCAGUUACAACUUUUAGUUAAGCAAAUGCCAUUGAACUCGAGUGCUUGUGCUGACCCAACCGCGUUUCCGCAGACGGGAAUGAAUUGAACCUCAUGAACACAUACUCUGCUGUUGGAAUCAUGAUUGGCUCUCCGUUCAGCACAUUGGUUCUAACGAGGAUCCAGCCUCGAUAUUGGCUACCCCUGUGCACGAUGCUUUGGUCGUUCUGCGUGCUGGGCACGUAUGCUGCACAGAAUGUCGAAACGGUAUACGCGCUUCGGUUUUGUGCUGGCUUGUUCGAGUCCGUCUCGACCCCUGGAGUCUAUUACAUUGGCAGUUGGUACCGCAGAUCCGAGAUCUCUCGACGCAUAGCGCUUUUCGGCAUAUCAGCCGGCGCUGGACCAAUGUUCUCUAGUUACAUCCAGGCCGGGCUAUAUCGCAAUAUGAACAAUCGGAACGGCCUAGCCUCAUGGAGAUGGCUGUUCAUCUUUGAUUUCAUCCUAGGAAUGCCUGUUGCUCUUUUGGGGUUUCUCACAUGUCCAGCGGAACCAAGAUCGCACAGAAUAUGGUGGAUGACAGAGAAAGAACAACAGAUAUCAGUCAGGCGAUUGGCAGAGCAGGGCCGCGAUGCUGAAUCAGUCGAAUGGUCGUUCUCGAUGAUCAAACGCUUGGUUUCAUGCUGGCAGUUGUAUUGUUUUCCCUUGGCCUGGGGACUCUUGCAGCUUAGUUGCGGCCAGCAAAUCUCAACAUGGAUGAGAUUAUGGCUGAAAUCCUUGACCAGUAACGGAAAGCCUCGAUACAGCGUUGAGCAGAUCAAUACAUUGCCAACGGUCAUCAAUGCUCUGGAGAUUGUUUGGAUGCUCCUUGCGGGUUAUAUAGUAGAUACUUCCGGCAAACGGACGCCUACAAUCUGUGCUCUGGCCUUACUACAGCUGACCACAUACGCGGUGCUGGCAGCAUGGCCAUCAGACGAGCACGUUGUGAUGGCCAUGUUUUUCCUCGGCAGUGCGACUGGAGGUAUCGCCCCGUUGUUAAGCAGUUGGUUGAACUAUUCUUGCGGAGGGAAUAAAGAGCUUCGAGCUUUAGCCAGCGCUCUCAUGUUCUCGUUAGGCUACGCGAUGGGUAACGUGCAGCUCAAGAUAUAUCCAGCUAACCAAGGGCCAAAGUUCAAGGAAACGCACGGCUAUGUCUUUGGGCUUGUUUGGAUUGCAGCGUUCAUAAUCUGGGUGUGUGUUGCUCUACCUAAUAUACAGAAACGUUAUCAUCUCAAGGAAUCUGAGUCUGACUCUGUGUGA